AUGCUAAAAUCCUUAAUGCUUCAAUGGGUUCCAAGGCCAAGGCACAACUGCGAGGGCAAAAUUGUCCAGCAAGUGUGAAAAAAAGAGAGGAAGGAGCAGACUUCGCCCUCCGACCGCUCGUUGCUUCGCAAACCCUUUCUAAACCCUUCCUGUCUCCACUGCCUCCCUCUCUUGAGCUCGUCGUCUGCCUUCUCUUUAACCAGCUGUUGCUGCAAUGCAGCAGAUUUAAAAGAGCCAUGGAUGAUUCGUUGUAUGAUGAGUUCGGAAAUUAUAUUGGACCGGAAAUUGAGUCUGAUAGGGACAGUGAUGUUGAGGAGGAAGAUGAAGAAUUGCCAGACAAGCCCACUGAUGAGGCAGAAAUGUCUGACGGUGAGGAUGGCGGUAGGGCAGCAAAUGGGUGGAUAACUGCCUCAAAUGAUGUUGAUAUGGAUAACCAGAUUGUACUUGCUGAAGACAAGAAGUAUUACCCUACUGCGGAAGAGGUCUAUGGGGAGGAUGUUGAAACCUUAGUUAUGGAUGAAGAUGAGCAGCCCCUUGAACAACCGAUAAUCAAGCCUGUUAAGAAUCUUAAGUUUGAGCUGGGCGUGAAGGAUUCUUCGACUUAUGUGUCAACCCAAUUCCUUUUGGGUCUCAUGUCUAACCCUUCUUUAGUUCGAAAUGUGGCACUUGUUGGGCACUUGCUUCAUGGGAAGACACUGUUUAUGGAUAUGUUGGUGGAACAAACCCACCACAUUUCAACAUUUGAUUCAAAUAGUGACAAACACAUGCGGUACACGGACACAAGAAUCGAUGAGCAAGAGCGUAGGAUAUCAAUUAAGGCAGUUCCCAUGUCACUUGUUCUUGAGGACAGCAAUGCAAAGUCGUACCUAUGCAACAUCAUAGACACUCCUGGCCAUGUCAAUUUCUCUGAUGAAAUGACAGCUGCUCUUAGGCUUGCUGAUGGAGCUGUGUUGAUUGUAGAUGCUGCUGAGGGAGUAAUGGUAAAUACAGAGAGGGCAAUACGCCAUGCAAUCCAAGAACGCCUUCCCAUUGUAGUUGUAAUCAAUAAGGUUGACAGGCUGAUUACUGAACUUAAGCUGCCUCCAAAAGAUGCUUACCAUAAAUUAAGACAUAUCCUGGAAGUCUUAAAUAACCACAUAUCUGCUGCCUCUUCAACUGCUGGAAAUGUCCAAAUUAUUGAUCCAGCUGCUGGAAAUGUGUGCUUUGCCAGUGCUAGUGCAGGAUGGUCCUUCACUUUGCAGUCAUUUGCCAAACUGUAUGUCAAACUCCAUGGGAUUCCUUUUGAUGCUAGUAAGUUUGCAUCUCGUCUUUGGGGAGAUAUGUACUAUCAUCCUGAUACCAGGGUAUUCAGGAAGAAACCCCCAACUGGUGGAGGGGAAAGAUCAUUUGUGCAGUUUGUGCUUGAACCACUUUACAAAAUAUACAGCCAAGUAAUUGGAGAACAUAAGAAGAGCGUGGAGACAACUCUUGCAGAACUAGGCGUCACUCUUAGCAAUGCAGCUUAUAAAUUAAAUGUGAGGCCUUUGCUAAGGCUGGCUUGUAGCUCAGUUUUUGGUACUGCUACAGGCUUCACUGACAUGCUGGUCCAGCAUAUCCCUUCUGCCAAAGAUGCUGCAGCUAGGAAGGUUGAUCAUAUUUAUACUGGGCCCAAAGACUCUUCAAUUUUUAAAGCCAUGGAAGAGUGUGAUCCUUUUGGCCCCUUAAUGGUUAAUGUGACUAAACUGUAUCCAAAAUCUGAUUGCAGUGUUUUUGAUGCAUUUGGUAGGGUUUAUAGUGGUGAAAUCCAGACUGGUCAAACUUUACGUGUCUUGGGAGAAGGCUAUUCACCUGAUGAUGAGGAAGACAUGACAGUGAAAGAAGUAACAAAAUUGUGGGUUUAUCAAGCUCGUUAUAGAAUUCCGAUUAGCAAGGCUCCACCUGGUUCUUGGGUUCUCAUUGAAGGUGUUGAUGCCUCAAUUAUGAAAACUGCAACGCUAUGUAAUUUGGAUUAUGAUGAGGAUGUGUACAUAUUCCGGCCUCUUCAGUUCAAUACCCUUCCUGUGGUCAAAACAGCUACUGAGCCUUUAAAUCCGAGUGAGUUACCCAAAAUGGUUGAGGGUCUUAGGAAGAUAAGUAAGAGCUAUCCUCUAGCCAUUACCAAAGUCGAGGAGUCUGGGGAGCACACCAUUUUGGGAACUGGGGAGUUGUACUUAGAUUCUAUUAUGAAGGACCUCAGAGAGCUUUAUUCUGAAGUGGAAGUCAAGGUGGCAGACCCUGUUGUCUCAUUCUGUGAAACUGUGGUGGAGACUUCAUCAAUGAAAUGUUUUGCUGAAACACCCAACAAGAAGAAUAAAAUAACAAUGAUUGCCGAGCCAUUGGAAAGAGGGCUUGCAGAGGACAUUGAGAAUGGUGUUGUAAGCAUUGAUUGGCCUCGAAAGACACUUGGUGACUUUUUUCAAACAAAAUAUGACUGGGAUUUGCUUGCUGCACGUUCCAUAUGGGCAUUUGGGCCUGAUAAGCAGGGACCUAAUAUUUUGUUGGAUGACACACUCCCAAGUGAAGUCGACAAGAGCUUGCUGAAUUCUGUGAAAGAUUCCAUUGUUCAGGGAUUUCAGUGGGGUGCGCGAGAGGGACCCCUUUGUGAUGAGCCCAUCAGAAAUGUGAAGUUCAAAAUAGUUGAUGCCAGGAUUGCAGCAGAACCAUUGCAUAGGGGAUCUGGUCAGAUCAUUCCCACAGCGCGACGUGUGGCCUAUUCAGCUUUCCUUAUGGCAACCCCACGGCUUAUGGAACCCGUAUAUUAUGUGGAGAUACAAACACCUAUAGACUGUGUAUCUGCAAUCUAUACAGUGUUAUCUCGUAGGCGUGGCCAUGUUACAGCUGAUGUUCCUCAAGCAGGGACCCCUGCUUACAUUGUCAAGGCAUUUUUACCUGUGAUAGAAUCAUUUGGUUUUGAGACGGACUUGAGGUACCAUACCCAAGGGCAAGCAUUUUGCCUAUCAGUUUUUGAUCACUGGGCUAUUGUUCCUGGGGAUCCACUUGACAAAAGCAUUGUAUUGCGACCGCUUGAACCCGCACCAAUUCAGCACCUUGCUCGUGAGUUCAUGGUAAAGACAAGACGGAGGAAGGGAAUGAGUGAGGAUGUUAGCAUCAACAAGUUCUUCGACGAGGCCAUGGUAGUAGAGCUAGCUCAGCAAGCAGCCGAUCUUCAUCAGCAGAUGAUAUAAGUGGGAGACUGAAAAGGAAAAAAUUGGCUCUAUAUUUGUGGCAUGUUCCGGGCUGGUGGAGAUGACCAGUCUUUAUUUGGUUGUUUGUAGUUUGUACCAUAAGGUUCAGACCUGCAGGCUGGAUUUCAUCCAAGUUUGUAGCCUUUAUAUCAUUAGUGCUUCUGAUGUAGCAUCAUCCCCUUCAUCUUACCCUGUACUUUACUGUUCUCUUUUUCACCUAGGGUUUUUGUUAAGUUGGUCAUACUAACUACCAUUAAUUAGUGGUAAACCAAUUAUUGCAUGCCAAAUUCAAAUUUCAAGUCGAAACAAAUAUACCAUUUGAGCUUAUCUUGGCAAAUAAAUCCAUUUUUCAGAUUGGGAUUAA